CUAUCCACCCGCCUAGGUGGCUCUGUGGGGCAGGCCCACAGACGGGAGGGCGGGGAGUCCUGGGAGACUUAAAAGAGCUCCCAAGGCCCGCCCUGUGCCUUACUCCGGAUGCCUCAGCUCUCACCAUGACCGAAACCACCAAGCUCCAGCUGUUUGUGAAGGCCAGUGAGGAUGGUGAGAGUGUGGGACACUGUCCUUCCUGUCAGCGGCUCUUCAUGGUCCUGCUCCUCAAGGGUGUGCCCUUUACACUUACCACAGUGGACACCCGAAGGGCAUUGGAUGUGCUGAAAGACUUCGCUCCUGGCUCGCAACUGCCCAUCCUGCUCUACAAUGGGGAUGCCAAGACAGACACGUUGCAGAUAGAGGACUUUCUGGAGGAGACGCUGGGGCCACCCGACUUCCCUAGCCUGGCGCCCAGGUACAGGGAAUCCAACACAGCAGGCAAUGACGUCUUCCACAAGUUCUCUGCCUUCAUCAAGAACCCAGUGCCUGCACAGGAUGAUGCCCUGUACCAACAGCUGCUGAGGGCCCUGGCCAAGCUGGACAGCUACCUGCGUACACCGCUGGAGCAUGAGCUGACACAGGAGCCACAGCUUCGAGAGUCCCGCCGCCGCUUCCUAGAUGGUGACCAGUUCACACUGGCUGACUGCAGCUUGCUGCCCAAGCUGCACAUUGUGGAUACUGUAUGCGCACAUUUCCGCCAGGCACCCAUCCCCAUGGAGCUGCGUGGUGUCCGCCACUACCUGGACAGUGCACUCCAGGAAAAGGAGUUCAAGUACACGUGUCCACAGAGCUCGGAGAUCCUGGCAGCUUACCGGCCUGUGGUGCGCCCCCGUUAGCACUCCUACUUUUGUCCACUUGUCUGCAGGCCCAUAAAGGUACCUCUGCCCCAA